AUGGAGAGCCCACAGCACGCACAGGUGCACCAUAAAUGCAACCCAAAAUGCGAGAACGCAAUCAACCAGCACAUCAACUUGGCGCUGCACAACUACUAUAUCUACCUGUCCAUGGCCUACUUCUUGGACCGCGAGGACGUGGCUCUGAAGCGCUACUCCAAAUCCAUACUGUGUCUCUCCAGCAAGGCCAGGGAGCAAGCUGAGAAGCUUAUGGAGCUGCAGACCACGCGCGGAGGCGUAGUCAGACAAGGCGAUAUCCAGAAGCCCGACCGUAACGAAUGGGACAGCAGCAGAAAGGUCUUGAAUUUAACGAUGAGCCUGGAGAAGGGCAUGAACGAGAGCCUAUGCACCCUCUACCGGAUAGCCAGUGAAGCCCCUGAUGUCUACCUGUGUGACUUCCUGAGGCGUCACUUGGUGAACCAGCAAGUACAGUCCCUCAAAGAGUUGGGCGACCUUAUCACCAUGCAGCACAAGUUGGGGAGCCGGGAUAUGGGCAUAGCAGUAUACUUAUUGGAUAACCUCACCCUGAAUGACAGCACCAAGAACUAA